AGUGAUGCCUAUAUUCGAGACGUAAUUUAUGUUUGAAUAAAAAGUGAUUCAAAAAGUGAUUGACAUUUGAUUUGGGAUUUCAUUCAAACCAUUCAUACAAUCACUUCAUUUGAUCCCAAGAUAUGGCAGAAGAGAUGAAUCACUCGAUGAUAUCAAUGCUAACCACCGAAGACGCCAACGAAUACAACAAACAAAAGAUUUACGCGAAGAACUCAAUCGACAGAUUCGGUGAUGAUUUGUGUCAACUGUUGUUAUCAUACUUUUCUCUCGAAGACCACAUCCGUUGCGAAUGUCUGUCCAAACAGUUCCGGAGGACAGUCUUCGUGAGUCUUCACCACAUUUGUAUUGACUACAAACUCAUGAGACAAUUACCGGAGAGUAAUAUCCGCCAAAUAUUGGCCACAAUUGCCAUAAAGUGUACAAAUGUUGAAACCAUUGACUGUCGAGGAAUGAGAGGAAAGUAUGAAGUAUACGUUCCCGAAGUGUUGACCACUUUUCGAGACAAUUGCCGUAAUUUGCGGGAAAUUUAUUGCAAUUUAUGGCGAAAUUGUGAGCAAACAAUGCAUUCAUUCGGACCACUCGUCACACGAAUCGGUGGUAUUGACAACAUUGCGGACACACAAGCGAUCACUGAAUGCCACCGAUUGUCACACUUGCGGAUCAACUUUUUCAGACCCCUAUUCGACAGACUUUUGGCCAAGAAUUUGGAUUCAUUUGAGUUAAACCACUAUUUGUGUGCUUCAGAUGAACAACAAUUGUCUGCAUUCCUGGCCGAGAAUCUGGGCCUAAGAAGCGCCCGCUUUAUGCCAGUCAACACAUUCCGGCGAUACUAUCGACAAUUGUCUCGAUUAACACAAUUAAGACAAUUGAGACUCACUUUAUGUCUAACGAAUUCCAAUCUCUCGUAUCUAACCAGUGGUCAGAACUCGUUGUGCGAGUCUUUGCGCACAAUUGGCUUAAAUUGCAAACAAUUGCAACGAUUGACACUUGAAUUGAAUACAGACUUAUUUAGAGGUCAACUCAUGGAUGUGUUUAAUCGCCAUUCAUUGGAUUCGUUGAAAAUUUAUCGCCGAUUAAAACGAUUGACUUUUACGGUUAAAUUGGACCUCAAACCGGAAGUGUUGGAACCGUUGACACUCUGCCACCGAUUAACACAUUUGACAAUUAAUUUCAAGAAAAUAAAUGACAAUUUGUUUGUUAAUUGCGACAAUCAUUGGCCGCGACUUCAAUACCUGUCCGUCAAUACUAAUGCAAUAACUCGCGAGUGUUUGUCACACAUCUCGAGACUACCGGCGCUGAAAACGUUUUGCCUUCAGUGCCAUCACAGCAAUGGUCUAACAAAUAAUGACUUUAAGGAUCUGUUGUCCAGAAGUCCUAAACUAAAACAAAUUGAAUUUUUUGUGAACUCCAAUCGAUUGCCUUUUAAUUUACAAUUGGUUUAA